GGAGCCUGCAUGGCACGGCUCGGAGCCGGCACUGCCGCUCGCUAGGAUGAACGAGGAGGCGGCCCAGAAGAGCGACGGCGGCGAGAAGUGCAACGGCGGCAGCCAGCGGAGGAAGAGACCCAAGAAGUCUGACAGCAAUGCAAGCUUUCUCCGGGCUGCCAGAGCUGGCAAUUUGGACAAAGUAGUGGAAUACCUGAAAAGUGGAAUAGACAUUAACACCUGUAAUCAGAAUGGGCUCAAUGCUCUGCACCUGGCAGCCAAAGAGGGCCACGUGGGACUGGUACAGGAAUUGCUGGAAAGAGGCUCGGCUGUGGAUUCUGCCACUAAGAAAGGGAAUACAGCCCUGCACAUUGCCUCCUUAGCAGGACAAGCUGAAGUUGUCAAAGUUCUGGUGAAGGAAGGAGCCAAUAUUAAUGCACAAUCUCAGAAUGGCUUUACUCCUUUGUACAUGGCAGCUCAAGAGAACCACAUUGAGGUGGUGAAAUACCUCCUGGAGAAUGGAGCCAACCAAAGCACAGCUACCGAGGACGGUUUCACCCCUCUGGCUGUGGCACUGCAGCAGGGACACAACCAGGCGGUGGCCAUCCUGCUGGAGAACGACACCAAGGGCAAGGUGCGGCUGCCGGCGCUGCACAUCGCCGCCAGGAAGGACGACACCAAGUCGGCGGCGCUGCUGCUGCAGAACGACCACAACGCCGACGUGCAGUCCAAGAUGAUGGUGAAUAGGACGACUGAGAGCGGCUUUACCCCUUUGCACAUCGCCGCGCACUACGGCAACGUCAACGUGGCCACGCUGCUGCUGAACCGCGGAGCUGCGGUCGACUUCACCGCCAGGAAUGGAAUCACCCCACUGCAUGUGGCUUCCAAAAGGGGAAACACAAACAUGGUGAAGCUCUUGUUGGAUCGCGGAGGGCAGAUCGAUGCCAAAACCAGGGAUGGACUCACACCACUGCACUGUGCGGCUCGAAGCGGCCACGACCAGGUUGUGGAGCUGCUCCUGGAGCGAGGUGCCCCACUGCUGGCACGGACCAAGAAUGGACUCUCCCCUCUCCACAUGGCAGCCCAGGGGGACCACGUGGAAUGUGUCAAGCACCUGCUGCAGCACAAGGCUCCCGUGGACGACGUGACGCUGGACUACCUGACUGCCCUGCACGUGGCCGCUCACUGCGGCCACUACCGCGUCACCAAGCUCCUGCUGGACAAGAGAGCCAACCCCAACGCCCGUGCCCUGAAUGGUUUUACUCCACUGCACAUUGCCUGCAAGAAAAAUCGCAUCAAAGUCAUGGAACUCCUGGUGAAAUAUGGGGCUUCAAUCCAGGCUAUAACAGAGUCGGGCCUCACACCAAUACACGUGGCUGCAUUUAUGGGCCACUUGAACAUAGUCCUCCUCCUGCUGCAGAACGGAGCCUCUCCCGAUGUCACUAACAUUCGUGGAGAAACCGCAUUGCACAUGGCAGCACGUGCCGGGCAGGUGGAAGUGGUUCGCUGCCUGCUGAGGAACGGGGCCCUGGUUGAUGCCCGAGCCAGGGAAGAACAGACCCCGCUGCACAUCGCCUCUCGCCUGGGCAAGACGGAGAUCGUGCAGCUGCUGCUGCAGCACAUGGCCCACCCCGACGCCGCCACCACCAAUGGCUACACCCCGCUGCACAUCUCUGCCCGGGAGGGGCAGCUGGACGUCGCCUCCGUGCUCCUCGAGGCGGGCGCCUCACACUCCAUGUCCACCAAGAAGGGAUUCACACCGCUGCAUGUGGCGGCCAAAUACGGGAGCCUGGAGGUGGCAAAGCUUCUGCUGCAGCGUCGUGCCUGUCCUGAUUCUGCUGGCAAGAACGGCCUCACCCCGCUGCACGUGGCGGCGCACUACGACAACCAGAAGGUGGCGCUGCUGCUGCUGGAGAAGGGCGCCUCGCCUCACGCCACCGCCAAGAAUGGAUACACCCCUCUGCAUAUCGCUGCCAAGAAAAACCAGAUGCAGAUAGCUACCACUCUGUUGAACUACGGGGCUGAGACCAACAUUUUGACCAAGCAGGGAGUCACCCCACUUCAUCUGGCCUCCCAGGAGGGUCACACUGACAUGGUGACUUUGCUUUUGGAGAAGGGAUCCAACAUCCACGUGGCAACAAAGGCUGGACUGACAUCGUUGCACCUUGCAGCUCAAGAGGAUAAAGUGAAUGUAGCCGAAAUCCUCACCAAACACGGUGCAAACCAGGAUGCUCAGACAAAGCUUGGUUAUACACCUUUAAUUGUGGCCUGUCACUAUGGAAACAUCAAAAUGGUGAAUUUUCUCCUCAAGCACGGAGCAAAUGUCAAUGCUAAAACAAAGAAUGGGUACACCCCUCUUCACCAGGCUGCUCAGCAAGGCCACACUCACAUCAUCAACGUCCUGCUGCAGCACGGGGCCAAGCCCAACGCCAUCACCACGAAUGGUAACACAGCCUUAGCCAUCGCCAGGCGCCUGGGAUACAUCUCCGUGGUCGAUACGCUGAAGGUUGUAACGGAGGAGAUCACCACCACCACAACUACUGUAACAGAGAAGCACAAGCUAAAUGUUCCUGAGACAAUGACUGAGGUUCUGGAUGUGUCAGAUGAAGAAGGUGAUGACACGAUGACAGGAGAUGGAGGGGAGUACCUUAGGCCAGAAGACCUGCGGGAGCUGGGAGAUGACUCUUUGCCGAGCAGCCAGUUCUUGGAUGGAAUGAACUACCUGAGGUACAGCUUGGAAGGAGGACGCUCGGACAGCCUGCGGUCCUUCAGUUCCGACAGGUCCCACACGCUGAGCCACGCCUCUUACCUGCGCGACAGCGCCAUGAUCGACGACACCGUGGUCAUCCCCAGCCAGCAGGUAACAACUCUGGCCAAAGAAGCUGAAAGGAAUUCAUAUCGCUUAAGCUUGGGCCCUGAAAUCUUGGACAAUGUGGCUCUUUCUUCCAGCCCUAUUCAUUCUGGCUUCCUGGUGAGUUUCAUGGUGGACGCUCGCGGCGGCGCCAUGCGGGGCUGCCGGCACAACGGGCUGCGCAUCAUCAUCCCCCCGCGCAAGUGCACGGCGCCGACACGCGUGACGUGCCGCCUGGUGAAGCGCCACAGGCUGGCCACCAUGCCGCCCAUGGUGGAGGGAGAAGGGCUGGCCAGCCGCCUCAUCGAAGUGGGACCCUCUGGGGCUCAGUUCCUUGGGCCCGUGAUUGUGGAGAUUCCCCAUUUUGCCGCCCUGCGCGGGAAGGAGAGAGAGCUGGUGAUCCUGCGCAGCGAGAACGGGGACAGCUGGAAGGAGCAUUUCUGCGAGUACACUGAGGAUGAACUGAACGAAAUCCUGAAUGGGAUGGAUGAAGUACUUGACACUCCAGAGGAGCUUGAGAAGAAGCGGAUCUGUCGCAUCAUCACCCGGGAUUUCCCUCAGUACUUCGCAGUGGUGUCCCGGAUCAAACAGGACAGCAACCUCAUCGGGCCCGAGGGAGGGGUGCUGAGCAGCACCGUGGUCCCACAGGUGCAGGCAGUCUUCCCAGAAGGGGCACUCACCAAGAGAAUUCGCGUUGGCCUCCAGGCUCAGCCUAUGCACACUGAACUUACAAAGAAGAUUUUGGGCAACAAGGCUACCUUCAGCCCCAUAGUCACGUUGGAGCCCAGGAGAAGGAAAUUCCAUAAGCCCAUCACGAUGACGAUUCCUGUGCCCAAGGCCUCCAGCGAUGGGCUCAUGAACGGCUAUGGAGGCGACACGCCCACUCUAAGGUUACUAUGCAGCAUAACAGGAGGAACCACCCCUGCCCAAUGGGAAGACAUCACCGGGACAACACCACUGACAUUUGUUAAUGAAUGUGUUUCCUUCACGACGAACGUGUCUGCCAGAUUUUGGUUGAUAGACUGUCGUCAGACACAAGAAUCUGUUACUUUUGCUUCCCAAGUGUACAGAGAAAUUAUCUGUGUCCCCUACAUGGCCAAAUUUGUGGUGUUUGCCAAAUCCCAUGAUCCCAUUGAAGCACGGUUAAGAUGUUUCUGCAUGACGGAUGACAAGGUGGAUAAAACUCUAGAACAACAAGAAAACUUUGCUGAAGUUGCCAGAAGCAGGGAUGUAGAGGUAUUAGAAGGAAAACCCAUCUAUGUUGACUGCUUUGGCAAUUUGGUGCCACUCACAAAGAGUGGGCAGCACCAUAUAUUCAGUUUCUUUGCCUUCAAAGAAAACAGACUUCCUCUGUUUGUGAAGGUCCGAGAUAGCACUCAAGAGCCCUGCGGACGAUUAUCAUUCAUGAAGGAGCCAAAGUCUACCAGAGGCCUCGUUCAUCAAGCCAUAUGUAAUUUAAACAUCACUUUACCCAUUUACACAAAGGAAUCAGAUUCAGAUCCAGAACCAGAAGAGGUUGAUAUGACUUCAGAAAAAAAUGACGAGACAGAAUCUACAGAAACAUCUGUCCUGAAAAGCCAUCUGGUUAAUGAAGUCCCUGUACUAGCCAGUCCAGACCUGUUGUCUGAAGUUUCUGAGAUGAAACAAGAUCUGAUCAAAAUGACUGCCAUCCUGACAACUGACCCUUCUGAUAAAUCAGGCUCCAUUAAAGUGAAAGAUCUUGAAAAGUCCGCUGAAGAAGAGCCAGGAGAACCUUUUGAGAUAGUUGAAAGAGUGAAAGAGGACUUAGAAAAAGUAAAUGAAAUUCUGAGAGGUGGAUCCUACACCAGGGAAGAACAUGUUUUGCAGAAGUCCCUUUCCAGACAAGAACCCUUAGAAGAAGAAUGGAUCAUUGUCAGUGAUGAAGAAAUUGAAGAGGCCAGGAGAAAUGCUCCAUCAGAAGUCACAGAGCCGAGCCGCCUAGAAGUCAGGGUAGGCAAAGGGACAACAAAAAAGGGGGAGCCGGACACGAAAGGAAAGGAUUUAAAAACACGCGUUUCUCUUCAUGAGAAACAGCCACAGGCCUUACACGAGGAGGUAGUAGAAGAGAAAGUCAAAGCUGCAGUAGUAAGCAGGGAUUCUGAAAAAAAAGGAAAAGAAUCUCCAAAAACUGGGAAACCAAGCUCACAGGAGCAACAGAAGGCAGCCUCAGAAGUUAAAAAGCCCCUUAGGACAAAACUAAAAGAAAAGCCAAAGCCAAAGGAAAGCAAAGUGAACAGCAGCGGAGAGAAACUGAGGCUGCCCAAGCUCACUGCAGACGAGGCACCGGCUGGGGAGCCUGGCCUAAAGGUGACAGGUGCUCCGGAGCCUAAAGCCGUGUCCCCUGUAAUCGAGGAAACUCCCAUUGGCUCGAUAAAAGAUAAAGUGAAAGCUCUUCAGAAACGAGUGGAAGACGAGCAAAAAGUACGGUCAAAACUGCCCGUCAGAGUUCAGGCAAAAGAAGGGCCUGCCGAAAAGGCGCCUAAAAAACCAGCGCAGGUCAAGAAGCCGGUAGCGCACAAAGCCCAGCCGCCCGUCUCGCCUUCAUCCAAGACGGAGAGACUCGAAGAGACCAUGUCCGUUCGGGAACUGAUGAAAGCCUUCCAGUCGGGGCAAGACCCGUCCAAGAACAUUUCCGGACUCUUUGAGCACAAAUCUGUCAAACAGAAGCAACAGGCUCCUGAGAAGGAAACUCCCCGCAAGAAAACGAUUCCUUCCCAGAGUGAAACGAGGCGAGUGUCAAACCUCAAGACAGACAAACAGAAGGACAAACCGAGCACGGUGUCAAAAGCAGAGAAAGAGCCACAAUCAAAGAAAGGAAAAACACAAACUUCCACCAUCGAAACUGCCAAGAAAGCCGGUGGCAAAGAUCAAGUAAAAGAGCAGAGCAGCAAAAAGCCAACUGAACCUCUCCCUCCGGUAAUAGUUGCUGAAAGUGCCAAAGAAACGGCAGCUGGGAAGGGCAGGACUCCUGAUGAUCAGGGGGAUCCUGACUUCCAGAUCAGCCCUGACAGGAAAACCUCAACAGACUUCUCUGAUGUCAUUAAAGAAGAACUGGAGGAUAAUGACAAAUACCAGCAGUUCCGACACCUCUCAGUGACUGAGGAGGGAGAGCUUAACUUGGAGCAAGUACUGACCAGUCCUUUCGGUGCUGCUUUUCCCACAGAGUACGGGAAAGACGGCUUCCUUCCUGCUCUUUCUCUGCAGAGUGCUGCUCUUGAGGGGAGCUCAGAGAGCCUUAAACACGAAGGUGUGGCUGACUCUCCAGGCAGCCUCCUUGACGGAACCCCUCAGAUCAGCUCAGAGGAAAGUUACAAGCAUGAGGGUCUGGCAGAGACUCCUGAAACGAGCCCAGAAAGUCUUUCAUUCUCACCAAAGAAAACUGAUGGGCAAAUUGAAGAUGCCAAAGGAGCGGCUCAAGUACAAACAACAGCAGAAACACGUUCUACGAAGGAACUCUCCUCAAAGGAAGAUGAAAAAGGUAUUACUGAGAGGCAGCUAGAUGCUGUUACCAAGACUAGUGAGUCUCAUUCUGACCAUAUAUCAGAAGAGCAUGUACCUCCAGCCUCUGAAGAAGAGGCUGAUAAACUUAAAGGAAGUAGCUCAGCUUCCAUUAUGAAAGAUAUUAGCAGGGAUAAAGAAUCCAGAACCACUGCACAUUUCACUAAGUCUUCUGAAACACAUGACACUGCUUUAGAGAAAGAAAAAGAUGUAGCCUGUGAACGCCGUCUUACAGUUAGAAGUCCCCAGAAAUUGGAACUUUCACUUGCUAGCCAUGAUAGUGAAGCCUUUAGCCCAGUUGCAGAUGACUCUUUGACUAUAAGUCAUAAAGACUCCCUGGAAGCAAGCCCAGUGCUAGAAGAUAACUCAUCACACAAAACACCUGACUCUUUGGAGCCCAGCCCUAUGAAAGAGUCCCCCUGCCGCGAUUCCCUUGAAAGCAGCCCCGUAGAACCAACAGUGAAAGCUUGUAUUUUGGGGCAGGGUCCUCUUCCGUCUGUUCUUAGCAAAGCAGAAGCCUGCCCAGAGCUGGCAUCGGUGCGUUCCAGGAUUCUCCGUGACCCUGAGGGAAGUGCCGAUGACGACAGUCUAGAGCAAACAUCCCUCAUGGAGAGCUCAGGGAAAAGCCCAGUGUCCCCCGAAACUCCUAGUUCGGAAGAAAUUAGCUAUGAAAUCACACCUAAAAUGGCAGACAUACCCAAGUCAGCCACCAUCCCUGAAGUCAACGAAGAACCGGAGGACGAUUCGGAAAGUGAACCAAAGAAGAGAUUCACCCCUGAAGAAGAGAUGUUUAAAAUGGUGACCAAAAUCAAAAUGUUCGAUGAAUUGGAACAAGAAGCAAAGCAGAAAAGAGAUUAUAAAAAGAGUUGUAAGCAAGAUGAAUCUUCUGUGGUUGCCAAUUCAGAAGCCUCACGUGAGGCUAAAAGAUCAGAGCCGACUGCUGCAGUAGAAAAAGACAUACCCACGGUGGUGGCACCUGCUGCUGAGUCUAGAAAGAGUUCUUCCUCUUCCGAAAGCGAGCCUGAAUUGACUCGGCUCAAAAAAGAAGCUGACUCAGGCCUCUUAAUGGAGCCUGUGAUCCGAGUGCAGCCACCCUCACCUUUACCAUCUAGUAUUGACUCCAGCUCUAGCCCUGACGAAGCAGGUUUCCAACCCAUUGAUUCCCAGCCAUGCUCUGUCGGGAUAGGUGAGGUUAAAGCACGAGGUGAAGGUGACAAAGAGGAGCCGCUUAUCCUUGGGCGCAGCUGUAAGCCUUCCACGGGCACUUGUCCUUCCGAUGGUUGUGCACCAGCAGAAAGCACGGCAUCAACGUGUUGUGAUGGUACAGGUGACUGUGAGACGGUCAGUCCCGACGCCCCGGUCACACCAUCUGGGUGUGCUCCCUGUCACUCUGUCGGUGACUGUUGUCAAACACAGGUUCACGCCGAGUCUUCACUAACGAUGGGGCGGUGCGAUGCUACUGCAAAGGAUGUCAAAGCCGCAGCCCCGUUACCAAGCAGCGAUCUCAUUUCUGCGGGAGCUGUGUCAGAGGAGGCAGGUGGUCGUUCUCGUGGACACGGUACCACCGAGUACUUUGUUCCACGCGAUGGCAAACUGGCCGAAGGUGACACCACUGACCAUUCUGCUUCGGCAAGGGAUUUGGGGAAAGCAGAUACAGGCUGUGAGACAUCUCACAGGGCUGGUCAUGCUGAGGAGCCCUUACCAGAGUAUUCAUCCCUAAGCGCUGACACAGUGGAACUUGACAGCUGUGCAGCAGAUGUUGCUGACGGUGGCGCUCCAUAUAUAGUGAGCCCUUAUGAAAAUGUGUCUUCCGGACAUUUCUUCAUUGACUCUGAAAGUGAGGUAGGAUCUGGUAGAAGUCUGCUAUCUAGGGAAACCUGUUCUAUUGCAGAAGGGAAAGAUCAGACUGGUGAAGCUUUACUUAGCAGAGACACGGGCAGUGAAUGUUGUUCUUCAGAGGAGGUGUACAUGGAAAUAGCACCCAAACCAGAGGAUGGAUUUCAGACAAUGUCACAAGGGUCUCUGACCUCAGAUUCAACAAAAUUAUCUGAAUCUGCCCUUGAGGAUAUAAGAGAUGAAACACAGAAAUUGAUGGGUCAGGUUGUCAUCACUAGAACCGAUGUGGAUUCUGACAUGUGGAGCGAAAUACGUGAAGACGAUGAAGCUUUUGAAGCUCGGGUGAAAGAAGAGGAACAAAAGAUCUUUGGGUUGAUGGUAGACAGGCGAUCCCAAGGCACAACCCCUGACACGACACCAGCCCGGACACCCACCGAAGAAGGGACGCCACUCAGUGAACAAAAUCCUUUUCUUUUUCAGGAAGGCAAGUUGUUUGAGAUGACUAGAAGUGGAGCCAUUGACAUGACCAAAAGGAACUACCCAGAUGAAAGCUUUCAGUUCUUCCAGGUAGGGCAGGAGCCUCAGGAAGAAGUUUCUUUAUGUGAAGAAGUGAAAGAAGCAGCAGAGGCGGAAUCUCCCAAGCUGAAGGACUUGCCAGACCCAUUUGCACCUUCAGAGUCAGAGGAGACAGAUAUACAAGAGCAAGACGCGUUGAAAUAUUCACCCCCAUCGCCCGAGUCUAGUGAUAGAUCUGAAGAAAUGACGGGUGAAGGUGCCAGCGCAGGCACUGCGAAAGCAGAUCUUAAAUCCAGAAUUCCAAUUAAAAUGGGUAUUUCAGCUUCUUCAAAAUCACCAAAGAAAGAAACCGCUGCCUCUGAAGCUGAGCCCCUCUCCACAACGGAGACCGACACGGUCGAUAGCAGUCAGGUGCCUUGCCCCAUCUCUCCCGAGCAGUGUGCGGCAGAAGAUGAAUUCGGUUUUUCCAAAGUCACUCGAUUGGUUAGUUCUGAACAGGGUGCUGAGUCCCCAGACUCCUCCCCAGAGGAACAGAGAUCUGUGAUUGAAAUCCCCACUGCUCUAAUGGAGAGUGUGCCUUCUUGUGAAAGCAAAUCCAAAAUCCCUGUAAGAACAGCUGCUGCCACAUCGCAAUCCUCACAACAGUCAGAAAACGAGAGCCUUUCCCCGGAUGACUUCCUGGACAGUUCGCAGUGUGAAGGGAAAGAUGACCCAGCGAAACCAAAGUCUAAAAUUCCCGUGAAAACCGCUUUCCAAAAAGCCGAACCACAACACUCGUACGCGGACACGUCCGUCCGCAAGCCAGAGUCACCCAAAGCGCUCGACGUGACGAGCGCGGUCCCUGCAAAGCCAGACAGCCGCAGUAAAUCGGAAUCCGACGCCAGUAGCCCCGUGGACCCAAAGACCAAACGUUCCAUCAAAGCUAGGAGUUAUGCUGAGGCAGAGGCAGAGGCCAGGGAGAGGGAGAGCGAGAUGAAGUUUGAGCUAGACUCAGAUGAGGCAACAACAGCAAGAUCGAAGGUAUUUUCUUCACGGUUGCCAGUUAAAAGCAGAAGCGCUACAGGCUCCCGCGGUGCUUUUAGUCCCACAAAAGAAAGUAAGGACCAUUUUUUUGAUCUUUAUAAAAACUCCAUAGAGUUUUUUGAAGAAAUUAGUGACGAAGCUUCUAAAUUAGUGGAAAGACUCACGCAGUCAGAGAGAGAACAAGAAUUAGUUUCAGAUGAUGAAAGCAGUAGCGCCCUAGAAGUUUCAGUUAUUGAAAAUGUGCCAUCCAGUGAGACUCAGCAGUCAGUUCCUGAAGACAUCUUUGACAUCAGACCCAUUUGGGAUGAGUCUGUAGAGACUCAGAUUGAACGUAUCCCUGACGAAAAUGCCCAUGACCGUGCUGAAGAUCAACAGGAUGAUCAGGAAAGGACAGAAGAAAGACUGGCCCACAUUGCAGAUCAUCUUGGAUUCAGCUGGACAGAGCUAGCAAGAGAGCUGGACUUCACAGAGGAGCAAAUUCACCAGAUCCGAAUUGAAAAUCCCAACUCGCUUCAAGACCAGAGCCACGCACUCCUCAAAUACUGGCUUGAAAGAGAUGGGAAACAUGCAACAGAUACCAACCUGACCCAAUGUCUCACGAAAAUCAACCGCAUGGACAUCGUUCACCUGAUGGAGACCAGUGGCAUAGACCCCGUGCAGGGCCACGGCACGCGCGCCUACGCCGACACGGAGCAGUCCUUGGCAUUGGACCACAGUGAAGGGUUUUCAGCACUGCAAGAGGAAGUGUACAGCUCGAGACACAAGCAAGAGCAGCAGAGAAUAUCCAAGGACAGCGAGCCAACCGAGCACCCCCCUCUGGUCUCCGAGGAAGACGUGUCUGUCAGUUAUUCCCCGUUCCAGGACAGCACUCCCAGGAGCGAGGCAGACGUGUCCAUGGCUGAGCUUCUGAGGCAAGCACACAAGGAACAAGUAGAAGCUGAAUUCUCAGGGAAACCCCAAGACGUGCCAGGGAAACCAUCUGCUUCACAACAGGAAUAUUUCAUCACGACUGCAGGAACGGAGCAGUCCGCGGGAGCUGGAAAAGCAGCGAGCGGGAAAUCUGCGCACUCAAGCACGGCAAAGGGAGAGACGCAGCGAGCGCCCCCGCAGCCCCCGUCCUCUGCGCAGAGAGGGGACUCCCCCAUCGUCCAAGAGCCUGAGGAGCCCCAGCUCCACCAGGAAAGCCUCUCUCCAAGGAGAUCUAGUCUCGUGAUAGUGGAGUCCACCGAGGAGCAGAUGGAGAAGUCUGGAAGGGGCUAUGAAGAGGAAUCUUUAGAAAAGGAGUUAGCAGAGGAGUUAGGUGGGCUGGAGCUCAGCUCGGAUGAGGACGAGAUGGUCACUACCAGGGUCAUUCGGCGCCGGGUGAUCAUUCAGGCUGAUAGUAUGCCUGAAAUGCCACCAGAAACUGUCACAGAAGAGCAGUACACAGAUGAGCAUGGCCACACAGUGGUAAAGAAGGUGACUCGGAAGAUCAUCCGGCGAUGCGUUGCUCCAGAUGGCACGGAAAAAGAGGAGGUGCUAAUGCAGGGAACACCGCAAGCCCCCGUCACUGUGCAAGAGGGAGAUGGUUAUUCCAAAGUGGUGAAGCGAGUGGUGCUCAAGAGUGGCAGUGAGCACUCAGAGGUAGGGUGUGCUUUGCCUGCCGUGGCACAGAGCAGCAGCACCUCGGCAGGGCCUACCAAAUUCCAGUCCGAACCAGUGGAGGGCCGGAGAGUCAGCAAGGUCAUAAAGACCACCGUAGUGCAUGGAGAGAGGACGGAGAAACACCUGGGGGAUGCCAGCCUGGCUUCUGAUCUUCCAUCAGCCAAAGAGGACUUUGAAGAGGCUUUGAGCUAUACAGGUCACCACAUGGCAGUGCAAGUCCCUGCUUUGGUGGAGAAAGAAAUCAAGAAAGACGAUGGAUCAGUCAUUAAAAGGACAAUACUAAGUAAAGCCAGCACACAGAAGAGGACCGUGAUGAAGGACCGCUAUGGAAAACACGUUCACAUAGAAGAGCUGGAAGACACCCCAGAAGCGCUCCCCAGGGAUGACCUCCAGCAUGACCUCCAGCAGCUUCUUAGGCACUUCUGCCAAGAGGACUGGACACAGGAGGCCAAGUGAGAAGCUGCCGCCCCUGCACAGCGCCACGUGACCCCUCCCGUACGCAGCCGUCACCGUCCCCGGGUAGCAGAGUCGCCACUGCCGCUCCUACCUGUGCAGCUGCAGUGAAUUCAUUUCUCCCCAUCCCAAGUUUCAUUUUGUGCUGUUCUGAUUUUUCACCCUGUAAGCUAAUUUGUGACCAAAGAUAGCAUCCUUCAGGCAGGAUGGUUUAUCCGCCACGCCGGCACCCUGUCGGCGUCGCCACUUGUCCCCGUCCCUUCGCUCUGGCGCUCGCUUACUGACACGGCCCUUGCCAAGCAGACUUCAUCGACAGGCCUCUUCCACUGACUGUGUACAUGCACCGUACGAAGGACUUGACGUGUAAACUGUAAAUAGCAGAGUAUUUGAACUCACGAGACCGCAGAACACCCGCUGCCCGUCGGUGUCGUGGCUUACGGGGUGCAGCGACCCCGCGGAACGGCACCGCCCGGAUCGCAAACGCUGACCGAGCUGGGAGGAAGCGCUGCAGAGCUACCGAGUACCAAGACUCACUGUUCAGAGAUCCGGUCUAGGCACAGGCUGCAAGAGGCAGGCGAAAGGCAGCUGUUCACGUGAAUCACAGCUGACUGUGGCCAUCAGUAGUGCAGACACCUUCAGACAGCCACCGAAACAUUUCCAAAAGAAAAAGAAAGGAAAAUUUCCCCACUAGGUACCCAAGUUGCUAGCAGCUCUACCUGUGGUAUUAGAGCCUAUAGACCCGGACCUGUGGCGGGGCGUAUUAAACAAUCCCAACUCCGGUAGCUUCCCCUUCCCAUCACCGCUUAGCCGACCUCACCGACCGACUGGGGGUGCUUCCUGCUGGCCACUGCACUGUAGAUAACUACGGGACAAAGACUUAACCCACUAUACAAGGAGAAUAAUUAAUUCACCGUGUUUUAUCGAGAUUGCCUCUUAGCCGAUACACGCAUGCGGCAUUCGAAGGUCAAAACCAAACCCUCCUAGAACCAUGUCAGCUUCUUGGCCCUCUUAGCACUGAGCGAGCAGUUUUUAUCUUCUGAUCAAGUGUUUUUUAAAGAACAAGUGCUCACAAUCCUUUGCAGCCGGUUUCUGUUCAUAUUUUGUUAUGUAACUAUAUAUUAUAUAUAUAUAUUUCUAAACCGACCCUCUGAAAACCACAUUGGCAUGUCUGCACUUUUAUUUUCCAAAAGGGGAACAUAGGGAUCUGAAGUUUUGAGUGUUCUAUACCUUAAUAUUUAAUGGAGGGAGCUCUGUAGGGUUUUAGCAUAACACGCAUACACACCAACACACCAACUUAAUGCUUUUAAACAGCUCUUUCAUUUUUUUUAAUAGUAGGCUCAACACCAGAGUAAAACCAACCCUCUGCUCUAGGAGCAAUCCUUUGUCCAAGCUUAUCUGGCCUUCUACAAUUAUAGGGUUCUUUGGGCUUUUUUUAACGACUCACUCAGUGCUCAGAACAAGGGCACUUCCUCAUUAAGGUAAUGAUGCCAAAAGCAUGGAAACAUCUCUGGAGUUCUGGCUUCCUGUGGGCAGAACCACCCGAGGUGCCGUGCUGACACUUUUUGGGCAGGCAAGAAAGGAAACUGAGAGAAAAAAAAAAAGUGUUUUGGCAGCCAAACCGAACGAGACCCGUGGCGAAACAUCUCACAGCGCAUCGUGGCUUCCUGACUGUCCGAGACAGCACAGGAGGGUCUUCAAGGAUGGGGCUCUCAAGAAAUGCAUUUCUGUUGUGUUAUUUGCGGUGCAGAUGAUGUUCUGUGUAACAGCAUAAUGGUUAUUCACCUCUUAUUUUGAUUUUUUGCUGUGUUAUCAGAGAACUUGAAUACUGUGAGAAGAAGUGAAUUUUAAGUUGACGAAUCAGCAUCUUGUUCCCAUGGUGAUAACACUAAUUGAAUAUAUCUAUGAGGGCAUGUAUUAGUUAAAAAUUAAAAACAUACAACACUAACAAUACAUAGCUGCAAUGUGUACAAUGGCUGAUUUAACUAAAUAAAAAUGUACAAGUGUUAAAUGUA